AUGAAUUGGAAUAUUGGCACUAAAUUAAUUGAAGUUAACAAGUGGGAUUCAAACAAAUAGAGACUUGUUAAGGCAAAAAUUCAAGUUACAUUCACCUAAAAAAAUUUAAUCAUUUACUCAUCUGAUGGAGUAAUUUAAAGAUAGUAAAAAUAAAUUUUUUUCAUUUUAUAAGGGAAUAAGUUAAGGAAAUUUGCAAGAAUCCAAAAGUUUUGACUAAUAUGGAAUAAAUCUAAUAUUUUCAAUGGCAAGGUAAAUAUGGACAGGAGAAAAGAAAAUAGGGUAAAUGGACAGUUACUUGGGAUGGUUAGGCUCUUCUAGAAGUUGGUGGAUACUACAAGGAUGGAUUAAAAGAGGGUUUAUGGACUGAGCCAAAUAAGAAUUACUGGAGGUAAAUUAAUUAAUUAAUUAAUAAAUAGUAAAGCUUAAGUAUACGAAAAUGGAGAAUAUUUUGAAGAGUAAAAAUGUGGGAAAUGGAAAUAUAUCUAUAAUAACAACGUUAUGUAUCAGUAUUAAAAAAAUGAAUUAGUGGUUGUGGAUUAUAUAAUGAAUAAUUUAAGAAGAAUGGUAAAUGGAUUGAGUUGUCGGAUAGUUUUUCUGACGAUUCAAGAGUUAUUUAUAAUGGCGAAUAUAAGAAUGGGAAAAAAAUUGGUAGAUGGGAUAUUUGUUAUACAAAAUAUAGCAGCUAUCCAUUUUUAUAUAUGUAAAAAUAUUAUAUAAAUCUUAUGGAAAAUUUUUCUCAGUGGUGGUGGCUCAUAUGAUGAAAGAGGUGAAGAAAUUAAGUUAGGUAAAUGGGUGGAGUUAUCAGAAGGAUUUUUUAAGUGUUCCUAGGUAACAGAAAAUGGUGAAUAUAAAAAUGGUAAUAAAAUUGGUAGAUGGGAUAUAUGUUUGAUUUGGGGAGAAAAUAAGAAGAUGUAAAAGAAUAUUAUAUGGAGCACAUAUAAUAAACGUUUGUUAGUGGAGGCGGCUCAUAUGAUGAAGAAGGUCACGGAAUAAAGACAGGUGAUUGGAUAGAAAUUUCGAAUGGAUUUUUUGAGUAUUCUUAAGUAACAUAUAUUGGUGAAUAUCAAAAUGGAAAAAAGUUUGGUGAAUGGGAUAUUCUAUAUAAAGACAAUUAAUAAAAUGUGAAAAUGUAAAUAUAAUUAGAUAAAGGUGUUAAUAUGCCAUUUUUUAGAGGUGGAGGUUCAUAUGAGGAAGGAGGAAUUAAAUUUGGUAUUUGGAUAGAAGUGCAAGAUGGAUUUAAAUGGGAUUCUUAAGUAACUUAUUAUGGAAAAUAUAUAAAUGGUCGAAAAGUGGGGAGAUGGGAUAUAUGGUAUAAAGAAAACAAACAAAAUUUGAAGAUGUAAACAAUAUUAUUAAAAGAUUGCAUAACUUGCCUUAGUGGUGGUGGAUGUUACGAAGAAGGAAGCAAUGAGAUUAAGUUAGGUAAUUGGGUGCUAUUGUAUGAUGGAUUUUUUAGUAAAUUUUAAGUAACCUAUCAUGGAGAAUAUAAAGAUGGGUAAAAAGUAGGUAGAUGGGACAUUUUUUGGAAUUAUAAAGGAUAUAAUACUUAGAUGUAAAAUAAAAUUAUAUAAAUACUAUGCUUGUUAGUGGGGGUGGAUCAUAUGAUGAUUAAGGGGAUCAACUUAAAUUUGGUAGUUGGGUGGAACUAUGGGAUAGAUUUGAUUGUUAGACUUAAGUAACUUAUAUUGGUGAAUACAAUAAUGGUAAUAAAGUUAGAAAAUGGGAUAUUUGGUAAAAAGUGAAUGAAGAAAAUGUGAAGAUGUAAAAAUAUUAUUCAUAAAUUUUUGUUAGCGGAGGUGGAGCAUAUGAUGAAAAAGGGAUUAAGUUGGGUAAUUGGAUGGAAAUAUCGAAUGGAUUUAAUAGGGAUUCUGAAAUUACUUAUGAUGGAAGAUAUGAUAAUGGUAUCAAAGUUGGUAGAUGGGAUAUUUGGUAUUAGGAUUGGAGAAAGGAAAAAAAUGAAAAGAUGUAAUAAAUAUUUUAUAAAUGUUGGUUUUCAAAUAGUGGUGGCGGAUUAUAUUCGGAAGAAGGUGAUGGGAUUAAAUUAGGUAGUUGGAUUGAAGUUUCAGAUGAAUUUGGAUAUUAUAAUUAAAUAAUUUAUAUUGGGGAAUAUAAAAAUGGUAACAAAGUGGGAAAAUGGGUAGAGAUGAAUAUAAGGAGAAAUUAAAAAUGUAGAGAAAUGAAUUAUGAUAAUUGA